GGGUUUCUUCUUCUGUUUAAUGAUUUGUCAGAGCUGAAUUAUACUACCACCUAGUGGCCACAGAGCAAAAAAUGAGCUUGUUCUUGUUCGUUUACUGUGAUUUUUUAACAAUUAAUUAUUGUUGCAUAAAUAUUCAAGAAAAUUACAUCAAAAAUAAUUAGAUAAUGACGAUAUUUUUAAGGACUUUUGAUUAAAUCUAUCUCAACGUCAUGAUCUCGUUCUAGUAAUGCAUCGAAACAACCAGCAGGCGGCAGUAGCGAGCAGAAAUGUGUUGUACAUAUUUACAGCCGCUGUUUCCGUCGGGCUCGUGACAGACAGACCGGUGAAAACAUGAAGCAUCUGAUGGUGUUUGAUUUUGACCACACUGUGGUUGAUGACAACUGUGACAUCUGGGUGAUCCAGUCCCUUCCGAACCAAAAUCUUCCAAACUCUGUGAAGUGUUCCUACAGAAAGGGCCACUGGACGGAUUACAUGUGCAGAGUGAUGCAGUACAUCGGAGACCAGGGGGUCAGUCCUGACAGGGUACGAGCUGUGAUGGAGACCAUCCCCCUCACCGCUGGAAUGAUAGACUUGCUGACAUUUAUAUCAGAGAAUAAAAACACAGUUGACUGCAUUGUCAUCUCUGAUGCCAACUCCUUGUUUAUAGAAUGGGUCCUGACAGCGGCGGGACUUCAGUCAGCUGUGGACCAGGUUUUCAGCAACCCGGCUAGGUUUAACGAGUCUGGCUGGAUGGAGGUGCAGCACUACCAUUCUCACGACUGCAACAAAUGUCCUGUCAACCUCUGCAAGAGGAAAGUCCUGGAGCUCUACCUUUCAGAGAAAACGGCUGGUGGCACAGAUUACGAGCGGAUCUUUUAUGUGGGAGACGGUGGGAACGAUUUCUGCCCUACGUCCUGCCUGAGGGAGAAUGAUGUGGUCAUGCCCAGGUUGGGGUUCACUCUGGAGAAACUGCUAGCCAGGGCGACAACUCAGGAGGGUAGCCCCUCCGUUAGAGCUAAUGUUGUUGUCUGGAGCAGUGGCUCCAAGAUCCUCCAGGAGCUAAAAGCAAGUAUGAAGUCGUAGGAGCGAUAGGACUUACUCAGGGUACGAUGACUAUAUUCAUAAAUAUAAA